GUUCAUGGCUGUGUGUUCAUGGCUGUGUGUUCAUGGCUGUGUGUUCAUCGCUGUGUGUUCAUGGCUGUGUGUCGCUCUCUGUUCACAGUCUGUUCGACCGGAAGCUGGAGAAGAACCUAGAACAGUAUCGAGCUGUAAAACACAUCGUAGCUGGAUCGUCCAAACCGGCCCCCUACCUGGUGUUCGGUCCACCUGGGACAGGUAAAACUGUGACUCUGGUGGAGGCCAUCAAGCAGAUAGAGAAGACUCAGGCCUCCUGCCACAUCCUGGCCUGCGCUCCCUCCAACAGCGCUGCUGACCUGCUCUGCAGGAAGAUCCUGGACCACGUGGGUAAUUUUAAAGUGUACCGCAUGUACGCCAGCAGCCGGGACCCAAAGUGUGUCCCUGAAGAGCUGAAGAUCUGCUCUAACGUGGUGGGCGACUGCUACGUCUUUCCUCCGAAAGAGAAGCUAAUGGAGUUCAGGGUCAUGGUCACCACCCUGGUAACAGCUGGGAGGCUGGUCACAGGAGGAAUUCCCGCCGGUCACUUCACUCACGUGUUUGUGGACGAGGCCGGACACGCUGUGGAGACCGAGUGUUUGAUCCCGUUGGCAGGGCUGCUCCAUGCACAGACGGGUCAGGUGGUUCUGGCUGGAGACCCCAAGCAGCUCGGACCCAUCCUCAGGUCCCCGUUUGCUCUGAAAUAUGGAAUGGGUGUUUCCCUGCUGCAGCGCAUGAUGAACGAUUUCUCUCUGUACCAGAAACAGGACGACAAGUUCAACAGUCGCUUUGUCACCAAGCUGCUGUGUAACUACAGGUCCCAUCCGUCCAUCCUGAAGAUUCCCAACGAGCUCUUCUACGACACAGAGCUGCAGUGUCACGCAGACGAGAUGCUACGCAACUCCUACUGCAACUGGCCACACCUCCCUCAGCCC